AUGGACGUGGACGUGGACCUGGACGUGGACGUAGACGUGGACGUGGACGUGGACGUGGACCUGGACGUGGACUUGGACGUGGACUUGGACGUGGACUUGGACGUGGACAUGGACGUGGAGGACGUGGACGUGGACGUGGAGGACGUGGACGUGGACGACGUGGACUUGGACGUGGACGUGGACGUGGUCGUGGACAUGGACGUGGACGUGGAGGUGGACUUGAACGUGGACUUGGACGUGGACGUGGACGUGGAUCUUGACGUGGACCUGGACGUGGACGUGGACGUGGACCUGGACAUGGACGUGGACGUGGACGUGUUCGUGGACGUGGACAUAGACGUGGACUUGGACGUGGACCUGGACCUGGACCUGGACAUGGACUUGGACGUGGACGUGGACGUGGUCGUGGACGUGGACGUGGACGUGGACGUGGACCUGGACCUGGACGUGGAUGUGGACGUGUACCUAGACGUGGACGUGGACUUGGACGUGGACGUGGACAUUGACGUGGACGUGGAGGACGUGGACGUGGACAUGGAGGACGUGGACGUGGACGUGGACGUGGACUUGGACGUGGACCUGGACGUGGACGCGGACGUGGACGUGGACGUGGACGUGGACGUGGACCUGGACGUGGACGUGGACGUGGAUGUGGACGUGGACGUGGACGUGGACGUGGACGUGGAGGUGGAUGUGGACGUGGACGUGGACGUGGACGUGGACGUGGUUGUGGACGUGGACGUCGACGUGGACGUGGAUCUGGACCUGGACGUGGAGGUGGAGGUAGACGUGGACCUGGACGUGGACGUGGACGUGGACAUGGUCGUGAACGUGGACUUGGACGUAAACCUGGACGUGGACGUGGAGGUGGACGUGGACCUGGACGUGGACGUGGACUUGGACGUGGACGUGGACGUGGACGUGAUCGUGGACGUGGACGUGGACGUGGUCGUGGACGUGGACGUGGUCGUGGACGAGGACGUGGACGUGGAUGUGGACCUCGACAUGGACGUGGACGUGGACGUGGACAUGGAUGUGGACCUGGACCUGGACGUGGACGUGGACGUGGACGUGGUCGUGGACGUGGAAGUGGACGUGGACGUGGACGUGGACGUGGUCGUGGACGUGGACGUGGACGUAAACCUAGACGUGGACGUGGAGGUGGACGUGGACCUGGACGUGGACGUGGACUUGGACGUGGACGUGGACGUGGAUGUGGACGUGGACGUGGACGUGGACGUGGACGUGGUUGUGGACGUGGACGUCGACGUGGACGUGGAUCUGGACCUGGACGUGGACGUGGAGGUGGACGUGGACCUGGACGUGGACGUGGACUUGGACGUGGACGUGGUCGUGAACGUAGACGUGGACGUAAAUCUGGACGUGGACGUGGAGGUGGACGUGGACCUGGACUUGGACGUGGACUUGGACGUGGACGUGGACGUGGUCGUGGACGUGGACGUGGUCGUGGACGUGGACGUGGUCGUGGACGUGGACGUGGACGUGGACCUCGACAUGGACGUGGACGUGGACGUGGACAUGGAUGUGGACCUGGACGUGGACGUGGACGUGGACGUGGACGUGGACGUGGUCGUGGACGUGGAAGUGGACGUGGACGUGGACGUGGUCGUGGACGUGGACGUGGACGUGGACGUGGACGUAAACCUGGACGUGGACGUGGAGGAGGACGUGGACCUGGACGUGGACUUGGACGUGGACAUGGACGUGGACGUGGUCGUGGACGUGGACGUGGACGUGGACUUGGUCAUGGACGUGGACGUAGUUGUGGACGUGGACGUGGACGUGGACCUCGACAUGGACGUGGACGUGGACGUGGACUUGGACGUGGACGUGGACGUGGUCGUGGACGUGGACGAGGACGUGGACGUGGACGUGGUCGUGGACGUGGACGUGGACAUGGACGUGGACGUGGACUUGGACGUGGACGUGGACGUGGACGUGGGUUUAGACGUGGACCUGGACCUCGACGUGGACAUGGACGUGCACGUGGACGUGGACGUGGACGUGGACGUGGACGACGUGGACGUGGACGUGGUCGUGGACGUGGACGUGGAGGUGGACGUGAACGUGGACUUGGAUGUGGACGUGGACCUGAACGUGGACCUGGACGUGAACGUGGACGUCGACGUGGACGUGGACUUGGACGUGGACGUGGAUAUGGACGUGGACGUGUUCGUGGAUGUGGACGUGGACGUGGACGUGGUCGUGGACGUGGACGUAGACGUGUACGUAGACGUGGUCGUGGACGUGGACGUGGACGUGGACCUGGACGUGGACGUGGACGUGGACGUGGACGUGGUUGUGGACGUGGACGUGGACUUGGACGUGGACGUGGACUUGGACGUGGACGUGGACGUGGACGUGGACCUGGACGUGGACGUGGACGUGGACGUGGACUUGGACGUCGAUGUGGACGUGGACGUUGACGUGGACGUGGAGGACGUGGACGUGGACGUGGACGACGUGGACGUGGACGUGGACGUGGUCGUGGACGUGGACGUGGACGUGGACUUGGACGUGGACUUGGACCUGGACGUGGACCUGGACGUGGACAUGGACGUGAACCUAGGAGUGGACGAGGACGUGAACGUGGACGUGGACGUGGACGUGGACCUGGACGUGGACUUGGACGUGGACUUGGACGUGGACGUGGACGUGGUCGUGCACGUGGACGUGGACGUGGACAUGGACUUGGACUUGGACGUGGACGUGGAUGUGGACGUGGACGUGGACCUGGACCUGGACGUGGACCUGGACUUGGACGUGGACUUGGACGUGGACGUGGACGUGGACGUGAUCGUGGACGUGGACGUGGACCUAGAUGUGGACGUGGACGUGGACGUGGUCGACGUGGACCUGGACGUGGUCGUGGACGUGGACGUGGACGUGGAGGACGUGGACGUGGACGUGGUCGUGGACGUGGACGUGGACUUGGACGUGGACUUGGACCUGGACGUGGACCUGGACAUGGACGUGGACGUGGACCUGGACGUGGACGUGGACGUGGACGUGGACCUGGACGUGGACUUGGACGUAGACUUGGACGUGGACUUGGACGUGGACAUGGAAGUGGAGGACGUGGACGUGGAUGUGGAGGACGUGGACGUGGACGACGUGGACUUGGACGUGGACGUGGACGUGGUCGUGGACAUGGACGUGGACGUGGAGGUGGACGUGAACGUGGACUUGGACGUGGACGUGGACGUGGAUCUAGACGUGGACCUGGACGUGGACGUGGACGUGGACCUGGACAUGGACGUGGACGUGGACGUGGACGUGGUCGUGGACGUGGACAUAGACGUGGACUUGGACGUGGACCUGGACCUGGACCUGGACGUGGACUUGGACGUGGACGUAGAUGUCGUGGACGUGGACGUGGACGUGGACGUGGACUUGGACCUGGACGUGGAUGUGGACGUGUACCUAGACGUGGACUUGGACGUGGACGUGGACAUUGACGUGGACGUUGACGUGGACUUGGACGUGGACGUGGACGUGGACGUGGACGUGGACGUGGACGUGGACGUGGACGUGGACGUGGACGUGGACGUGGACGUGGACGUGGACGUGGACGUGGACGUGGACGUGGACGUGGACGUGGACGUGGAUUUGGAC